CCCAGAAUGAGCUGGCAGGAAGAGGGGUAGGAAUAUGUGAUGAGCUCAUCACUUUAGAGGUCAUGUCACCAGAUGUGUGUGACCUCACACUGAUCGAUCUACCUGGAAUUACCCGAGUCCCAGUAACAGGACAGCCAGAGGAUAUCGAAAAACAGAUCAAACAUCUGAUCAUGAAAUAUAUUGAGAAGCAAGAGACUAUAAACAUGGUAGUGGUCCCUUGUAACAUUGACAUUGCAACAACAGAAGCAUUAAUCAUGGCACAAAAAGUAGAUCCUGAGGGCAAAAGAACUGUCGGCAUUUUGACCAAGCCAGACCUCAUAGACAGGGGAACAGAGACAACAAUUCUGGACAUUGCCCAGAACAAAACGAUUCCUCUACGCAAAGGUUACAUCAUGGUGAAGUGUAGAGGACAACAUCAGAUCAAUGAGAAAAUUUCUCUGGAGGAGGCAGCACAAAAAGAGCGCGAUUUCUUCCAGAAACACAAUUUUUUCAGAUGCCUCUUGAAUGAGGAGAAAGCGACUAUUAAAAGUCUUGCUGUCAAAUUGACUCAGCAUCUCGUUGAUCAUAUUAAAAAAUCCCUGCCUCAGCUCAAUGAGCAGAUAAAAAAGCAGUUGUGGGACCUGAGGAAUGAGCUCAAAAAGUGUGAGGCUGGACCACCACAAGACCCUAAGGAGGCCAAAAAAUUCCUCACUGAAACUUUAAUAGGGUUCAUUAACCAAAUCAAGUCCAUAUCAGAAGGAGAGCUGAUCAUCGAAGAAAAUUUAUUUGUCCAGCUUCGAAUGGAAUUUAAGAAGUGGAAUGAUCAGCUUAAUGAGAAAAAGCCAUCUUUUCAUAAUUUGCCUGAAGAGGAAAUACAAUUUUACCAGAAUUACAGAGGGAGGGAACUGCUCGGCUUCAGCAACUACAAAAUGUUUGAGGUGGUUCUGCAGAAUCAUGUGGCCACACUUAAAGAACCUGCCAUUGACUUACUCAGUGCCAUCAGAGGCAUCGUCAUCCAGCAGUUUACUGUUGUAGUCAAUCAGUGUUUCCAGAACUACCCUGCUCUUCUAGAUAUCACUAAGGACAAAAUUUACAACAUUCAAUCAGUCCAGCAAGAAAAGGCGGAGAAAAGGAUCUCGGAACAGUUUGAGAUGGAACACAUGCUCUUCAUUCAAGAUCCCAUCUACUUGAAGAGCCUGACAGAGAUUACCAAAGAGACAUAUUCAGAAGAGCAGUUACCUCUCAUUGACAAAAGAUGCACGUACGGUGAAAUGCUGCAGGCAUAUUGUGAGAUUGUGGUGCAGCGGAUGGCUGACCAACUGCCCAUGAUGAUCACUCUUUUCAUGCUGAAGCAAACUGCUCACCUCCUGUCUAUUGACAUGUUGAGUUUACUGGAUGGGGCAAAUGUGAGCGAGCUCCUGUUCAAGGACUCUGAUGUUGGUAGAAAGCGCAGAGACCUACAUGCUCGUCUGGACCGUAUGAGAAUUGGUCAGGAAAAAAUGAGCAAUUUCAUCUGAGCAAUCUACUGACUGGAGGAUACACUGUAAUUUUUUUUACAUUUUUUAAAAUACUUUUAGUUAAAUAUAACGGUCAUUGUAACAGAAUAUCUAAACUUUCAUGUAACAAUUAACAAAAAAAAAGAUACCUUAUUGCAGAACAGGCAUAUCUUUGGUUGUUUCCAUGUUGCAGUAUGCCUUAGAUAAAAACAUAAUGUAUUUUUCUGCCUCAAAUAAAAUGUUUAAUCAUUGGUUUAAUAUUUAUGUGGUGUGCUGAAUGAAAAUUAUGCCAGGGCAAGUAUAAGAUUGUGAACACUGAUGUAAUGAUAAUGAAUGCUAUUCAAUCACAUGGUUGUAAAGGUAUCUUAUUUGGCUCUGUGUGGAGGAUGGCUUUCUGUCUGCCUAUUCGGCAUUCUUGGGAACCCUAUAAAUUUAGAUCAGAGUUAGAAA